GACCAGCGAGCUCUGCACAAUCCAACGCCAUCCAAAAUCUCCCUUCUUAAACCAAGGCGCUUCCCACAGUCGAAAGACACCAGGCCCUGCUCGACCUCAGACGCCUCUCCACCCCCCCCCAACUCCCUCGUAUACAUCCAGCCCUCUCUCUCCACGAUGGCAUCCAGACGCGGCCGUCAAAGAAGCGCCACUGUCGGCCAGGAGACCUUCAAGAACAAAACCGAAGACAGCGACUCUGGAUUCCACGCUCUGUCCAAAGGUGGAGGAUGCACUUUGGUCGAGAAGGAUGAGAGUGCCUUCAUGGCCGCGCCGACUUCGCCCAGCAUGGCUCCAAAGAAGCUUGGCCGAUUUGUGGGGCUGGAGAAUCUGAAUUCUGCUCUGGCGAACCGCCCCGACAAGCAGACGCUGAUUGACCGGAACGUAUUGAAGCCCGACAACGUCUCGGCCAAGCUUCAAGGUGCACAAGAGAUGUUGAAGAAGCAAAUCAUUGAGGACAACUUGAGGGGCAAGAUUGCUGCACGACCAGACAAGAACACCCUGCUCGAGCACCACAUUUUGAAGGACGGCGAGGCUGCCAAUGCCACCCAGGCAGCAUCCCAGCAACCUGAAGCUGCUCAGAAGCAACUGCCAGGUCAAGCCAAACAGACUCCUGUUGGCGUUUGAGUCCAUUGUAUGCAGGCGGCUUGGAUGUGCCUGCCGCUUUUCCAGCAGAGACUGCCUACUUGCAGGACAGCUCCUGCAACGAGCUCCGCUGAUGCCACGGCGAAACAGUUCUUUGGGGCUGUGUCUGCAAUAUAUAUAUCGACCAUUGGCCAUACUCGAGACUGCCGGGCCGUGAACGCUCGUCUCAGGGGUUGACGAGGGAGGUGUCUAUGGACAGCAACAUCACCGCGAGGGAUGGGGCGGGCUCGCCCGACUGGGUUCAGCAUUGAUCUCC